AUGAACGGCACCGCUAAGACUCUCCCAUAUGCUGUCAAUACCCUCCCUUUCUUGGGUAGGGUUAUCGCUGUUACUGGCGCCAGCCGUGGACUGGGCCUUGCUGUUAGCAAGUACUUGCUGAUACGAGGUGCCACAGUCUCUAUGUGUGCAACGUCGGUUGACAAUCUGUCCAAAGCCACCAAAGAGAUUGACACUGAGCUUCCAGACGCCAAGGACCGGUACUGGACGUGCGUCGUAGAUAUCGCCAACUUAGACAGUGUUCGGUCUUGGAUCGAGGAGACUGUAGCUAAAUUCGGAAAGCUUGAUGGAGCCGCAAACGUCGCUGCGGUGGAGCAACGCGAGAUCUUCCCUAUAACCGACCUCGACCCAGAAUACUUCGCUAGGCUGCUCAACGUAAACGUUGUUGGUACUUUCCAUUGCUUGAAAGAAGAAAUGAAGGUCAUCAAGGACGGUGGCUCAAUCGUCAAUGUUGGAAGCAUCGCGAGCCACUACGGAACGCCUGGCACAUCGGGUAAAUACCGAGCAUACGUCGCCGCCAAGCACGCGCUCAUUGGUCUCACGAAAGUUGCAGCUUUUGAAGGGGCGUCGAGGCGAAUCAGGGUCAACGCGCUGUGCCCCGGAUGCUUCAACACAGAAAUGAUGACGAAGUAG